UAUUUUCACUUCUCACAGUUAUGAGAGUUUUCCACUAGAGUUUAUUUUUGUGGUUCAAAAAUGGUAGAAAAGUAAGGAUUUGUUUGUGUGAAAGACAAUGGCACAGUCUCAGUUUAAGAGCUGCUAUGCUCAAAGCCCAAACAGCACUGAUAAUGCAGACGCUCUUCUCAAGGGCAUUAGGAGUACAGGAGCAUCGUUAACACACUGUUCUCACCUAGUCUGAUUUUUUUUCACAUACGUAAGCCUGUAACUUCUCAUUCUUGCAUAGUUUAAGGAGUGAAUCACUGUAAUGUUUAUGUAAAUAUAGAUUUAUAGAAAUGUAAACGGUGCAAAAUCUCACAGACACAUAGUGUCUUAAUUCACAUUUGAGUGAACAAAUGGUUUUCUACUGAGGCGAUGUCCACCAAGUUAUUUAAUUCAAGCUAUGGGCCUACUAAACAUACCAGCUUUGUUUCUCUCCAUUUAUGUACAAGUAAGGUAAGUAGUUGAAUUUUGUGUGUGGGUUUAGUUAGGCUUUGCAAAUCUCAGCAGGAACUAUGGAUCAGAUUUUCAAAAUGUUAGUUUUUUGAAAGCAUGUGUUUGAGAGGCAAAGUGAAACUCUGUUUCUGUUUUCUGUUUCAUAAAUCCUAUGUCCCAUUGUUAUGUAGAGGAGUCCUGGGUGGGGGAGUGAUGUAUGUGUGAAGGGAUAUCUGCAUGAUAAGUGGUGGGUGGUGGUACAGUUUGCCAAGGGGAGUGUUUUUGUGAAGGCCAUAUAAUGUGAAGGUCCAAUGCAUUCUUGCACCUUUGUGUUUUUUUUUUUUUCAGAGCACAAGCUGUAGGAAGUCUGAAAAAUGAAUGUGAUGCACCAUGAGGUCUUUGUAGGGACUCAAAUGUGGCAACAAGACUAUCGGCUGUAUGGGGGACAAGUGUGUAACACGCUUAUGGCAGGUUCUUGGACAGACAGAACUCCUCUCCACGAUGCUGCUUUGCAGGGUCGCCUGCUCCCAUUGAAGAGACUUCUCUCUCAGGGACUGCAUGUUGGUGUGGUUACACUGAACGGCGUCACUGCCUUACAUGAGGCUUGUCUUGGUGGCCAUUUGGCAUGCGCAAAACUUCUGCUGGAACAUGGAGCUGAUGCAAGUGCUGUGUCUGUUGAUGGAGCCACACCUCUCUUUAAUGCCUGCUAUAGUGGAAACUCUGCCCUCCUCAGUCUCCUUUUGAUGCACAGCUCAGUCCACCACCCAGCUCACCUGCUCAACUCACCUAUCCAUGAGGCAGCAAAGAGAAAUCACACAGAGUGUGUGGAGCUGCUGCUGUCUCAUGGUGUGAGUGCUGAUGUGGAGAUGAUAGGAGUGGGGACGCCGCUGUACUGUGCGUGUGAGGCCAGGAGCACAGAGUGUGUGCAGAGACUUCUCAUCUUAGGUGCUGAUGUGCACCAUGGGUCUGGCCUGGACACACCACUGCAUGCUGCUGUCAGAGUAGGCGGAGUCAAGGAGGUAGCGCUGUUGCUGGAGCAUGGGGCUGAUGGGAAACGUAGGAAUUCAGAAGACAGAACACCUCUUGACCUGGCUACAGAUCACAGCAUCAAACAUCUACUGCAGACAGCAGGUCCAUGCUCCCUGUCACAGAUAAGCAGGUUGUGCAUUCGUCGUACUUUGGGCCAAAAAAGAUUAUACAGAGUGAGAGUGCUCUGUAUACCACAUAUCUUGCACAAUUAUGUUCUGUAUCAGUAACACAAACGCACACACAGCUUCUGCCACAAAAUACACAGAAUACAUUUGUAAUUGCAUGUGUGCACACAUUUUUGUAAAUGAUUGUGUUUCCUGACAUUUAAAAUAAAAAAAUAU